AUGGCAGAGAUAAAGCUUAAGUUGAAGGCUCCUACUCAAGAAAAGACAGUGUCUGUCAAAGACAACGGAACAAUAAAAGAGCUGCGUGAGGAAGCUGCAAAGGCUUUCGAGGUUACUCCCUCUCGUGUGUGUUUGAUCUAUGCCGGGAAGAUCUUGAAGGAUGAAAACACUCUUUCUGAGCAUAAGCUUCAAGAUGGUCUUACAGUUCAUGUAGUUAUUAAGAGACCAAGUGAUCAAGGGGGUUCAGCAACGACAACAAGCACUCCUUCAUCAACAUCCACAUUGCAUGCACCGGGGCAGAAUCGCCCUAGCGGCGCCUAUGAUCCGCUUACCGCCUCUGCGGCCCGAUUUUUUAGUUCCGGAGAUACAUCUCCUUCUAGCUUUGCCUCAAUGCAGCAAACGAUGCAACAGCAGGUAAUGCGCAACCCGGAGCUGCUCAGAAAUGUCAUGGAAAGCCCACUGGUGCAAUCUCUUGUUAGUAAUCCCGAAGUUAUGCGUAGCAUCAUGCAGUCGAAUCCACAGAUGCGUGAACUAAUGGAGCGCAAUCCCGAAUUAAGCCAAAUGCUCACCAACCCUGAGGUUCUCCGUCAAUCUAUGGAAAUCGCUUCCAAUCCGUCGUUGGUGCAGGAGAUGAUGCGUUCCUACGACCGUGCUGUUCUUAAUCUUGAAUCCAUUCCUGGAGGUAGCGGUCACCUUCAACGGAUCUACGAGAGUGUUCAAGAACCCAUGCUCAAUGCUAUGCAGGGUGGUGACGCCAAUAACCCUUUUGCUGACCUUGCAGGAAGCACAAAUAGACAGGCCGCUCCUUCAAAUGAACCAAUGCCAAAUCCAUGGGCACCGCCACAACAACAAACUGAGACCACGCCAGCUACAGCUGCUACAACUGGGGGAGGAGGGACUCAAACAACCACAUCAACUUUGUCGGGAGGGGGGGCAACGACCACCUCGCUUCUUGGUGGGAUUCCCUUUAACCCCGAGACCAUGUCAUCGGCGUUCCAAGCGCCCUAUGUGCGCCAGAUGCUCGAUGUGAUGGCAUCAAAUCCGGAGACAUUUGAGGCCUUUCUGUCAGCGAAUCCAGUGUGGAGUUCAGCUAGUCAGGACCCGGCGAUGCGGGAGAAUUUACGUCGAAUGUUGCCACAACUAGCGAGGCAGAUGAGUCGACCUGGUUUUGUCGAGAUGCUUUCAAAUCCACGAGCAAUGAGAGCAAUGGCGCAAAUUCAAGAGGGUCUUCGAAUCCUCCAAGAGGAGGCGCCGGACGUCUUCUCCAGCAUGACGAACAUCAGUGGCGGUGCUUUCAGUGCUGCCACAACCGAUCUCGCCACCACCACCACCACCACUGCUUCAUCGACUGAGUCUACUGCUUCGGAAGGAACGGAAGGCACUGCUGCCAUCACACCCCCACCUACCAAUACCUCGUCGCUAGGCAAUGUGGAAUUGGCCUCGCUUAUGGCCAGCCUUCUCAAUGUUGCCCCAUCGGGACAAGAUCCUGGUAAUGUGCAGCAACUGCCUCCAGAAGUAAGGUACGCCUCGCAGCUGCAAACGCUUGCCAGCAUGGGAUUCACCAAUCAGUCUGCCAACCUGCAAGCCUUAAUCUUCAGCCACGGGGACGUAAACGCAGCAAUCGAUCGACUUUUGGGUCAGGGUAACUAA